CGGGUAGAUAGCGGCUUCGCCGUCCGCUGAUAAGUCUGCCGGGAUGGCCUCCGAUAUGGGCGCUGAUAAACGAUCAAGUGCUCUAAAGACGAAGACAUGCUGUCCACCAGGUACUUUUACCUGGUCUCAUAAUGGCAGCUGGUCUCGCUGCUCAACAGAACCCCCAGUCUCUCUUCGGGACACGCUCUCACCCACUCCACUCGAAGCGCAGUUUCCUCUGAGACUCGGCACUUGACACCUCCACCAAGAAGCUCAGCAGCCAAGCCAGGGAUACUAUGUCCUCGCCCAGUUCGUUCCGGGCCCGCCUCGUGCGGAAGCUCGAGGUCCAGCGGGACUCGGACAAUGUGGUCGACAUCUACGUCAACAAGGACACGAUCCCGCUGCCUCCGUCCAGGCGUCCCUACGGCCCGUGGCACUUUGUGGGCCUGUGGAUGGUCACUGGCUCGUUCAACGUCGGCGGCUGGACCACGGGCUCGUCCUUGAUCUCGCUGGGGUUGAAUGUCUGGCAAGCAAUGCUGGCCAUCAUUGUCGCCCACACCUUUGUCGGCUUCGUCUGCGUGGCGGGUGGCCACCCGGGUGCCAAAUGGCACAUUGGCUUCCCCAUCUGGAUGAAGCAGAACUGGGGCAUCUGGGGUUACCUGUUCCCAAUGGCCAUCCGCGUCUUCCUGUCCUUUGUGUGGACCGCAACCAACACAUGGUACGGCUCGCAGUGCCUCAAGGUGCUGCUGACGUGCAUCUGGCCGUCGUUCCUUGACCUCAACGGCCCGCUGGCCAACGGCGCCAUGAAGGUCUGCGACUUUGUGGCCUUUGUCGUGUACAUCCUGCUGUGCCUGCCGCUGAUGUGGUUCAGCCCGGAGCACUACAAGAAGCCCUUUAUGGCGGCGUCGGUGACGGUGGCGACGACGGUCUUUGUGCUGCUCGUGUGGUCGACGGUGCGGGCGGGGGGCGGCGGCGCGCUGCUGGCCGACGUGAGCGGUGUGAGCGGCGUCGAGCCGGCCCGAGGGGGGCAGCUGGGCUGGGCGUUUGUCGCGGCCGUGACGGCAAACAUUGGCGGCAUCGCCACCCACAUGUGGUCGCAGUCCGACUACACCCGCUACGCCCGCCGCCCGGGCGACCAGGUCCUCGCCCAGCUCGUCAUGGUGCCCCUCGGCACCAUCGUCGUCGCCUGCAUCGGCAUCGUCUGCACCUCGUGCGCCGCCACCCUCUACCCCCAGGAGAAGGCCCUGCUCUGGAACCCCUACAGCUUCCUCGAGGCCGUCCGCCGGCACGAGGACAACUCGGGCGCCCGCGCGGGCGUCGCCUUUGCGGCCAUCGCCUUCAUGGUCUCGCAGUUUGGCAUGGUCGUCGCGUCCAACAGCGUCAUCGCGGGCAUCGACCUGGCCGCGCUGCUCCCCCGCUGGUUCACCAUCCGCCGCGGCGGCUACUUCACCAUCGGCUUCGCCUUCAUCAUGCAGCCCUGGACCCUGCUCAACAGCGCCAGCAGCUUCCUCACCGUCGUGGGGUCCCUCAACGUCGUCCUCGGCCCCCUCAUGGGCAUCAUGUUUGCCGACUACUUCCUCCUCCGCAGGACCACCAUGAAGCUCACCGCCAUGUACGGCGCCGGGCCCGACAGCAUCUACUGGUACACGGGCGGCUGGAACUGGCGCGCCGCCGUGGCCUGGUGCUCGGGCGUCUGGUUCCUCCUGCCGGGGCUCAUCCAGCGCGCCGUCUCCCCCAAGCUGGCCUGGCCGGGGUGGACAAACCUGUACCAGCUCGCCUGGUUCCUCGGAUGUCUCGUGUCCGGCGGCGUGUACCUCGUCCUCGCGUACUUCUGGCCCAUGCCCGAUGUCCUGGCCGUCGACGACCAGGACUACUUUGGCACCUUUUCCGAGGACGAGGUGCCGGCCCUGGGCGGCCCGGCGCUGGUGGUGGCGCCCGGCUCGAGCAGCGCCUCGCUGGACAAGGAUGAGAAGAGCGGCAUGGUGGAGGGCAAGGUUCAGGAUGUAUAAGCUCGGGCGUCUGGGGGUUUAUUGAGAGUAUGGUCGUCGUGCCCUUUUGUGCUGGCCCUGCUGCUCGCAGCUUGCCG